AUGCCGCGCUCCUUCCUGGUAAAGAAGAUCAAAGGGGACGGCUUCCAGUGCAGCGGGGUGCCGGCCCCCACCUACCACCCCUUGGAGACCGCCUACGUGCUGCCUGGCGCCCGGGGGCCGCCCGGGGACAACGGUUACGCCCCGCACUGCCUGCCGCCCAGCAGCUACGAUGCGGACCAGAAGCCCGGCCUGGAGCUGGCGCCGGCCGAGCCCGCCUACCCGCCGGCGGCGCCGGAGGAGUACAGCGACCCCGAGAGCCCGCAGUCCAGCCUGUCGGCGCGCUACUUCCGCGGGGAGGCGGCCGUGACCGACAGCUACUCCAUGGACGCCUUCUUCAUCUCGGACGGGCGCUCGCGGCGGCGGCGCGGCGCGGGCGGCGGGGACGCGGGCGGCGCGGGGGACGCCGGGAGCGCCGGGGGGCGCGCGGGGCGCGCGGGGGCGCCGGCGGGCGGCGGGCACCGGCACGCGUGCGCCGAGUGCGGCAAGACGUACGCCACGUCGUCGAACCUGAGCCGCCACAAGCAGACGCACCGCAGCCUGGACAGCCAGCUGGCGCGCAAGUGCCCGACGUGCGGCAAGGCGUACGUGUCCAUGCCCGCCCUGGCCAUGCACGUGCUCACGCACAACCUGCGCCACAAGUGCGGCGUGUGCGGCAAGGCCUUCUCGCGGCCCUGGCUGCUGCAGGGCCACAUGCGCUCGCACACGGGCGAGAAGCCGUUCGGCUGCGCGCACUGCGGCAAGGCCUUCGCCGACCGCUCCAACCUGCGCGCGCACAUGCAGACGCACUCGGCCUUCAAGCACUACCGCUGCCGCCAGUGCGACAAGAGCUUCGCGCUCAAGUCCUACCUCCACAAGCACUGCGAGGCCGCCUGCGUCAAGGGGGCCGAGCCGCCCCCGCCGCCGCCCGCCGGCCCCGCCAGCUGA